GACAGUUUAGUCUAAAAUGGAUUCAGACUUAUUCUUAUCUAUUAUUGCUUUACAAAAACAAAUAAUAAAAGAAAGAAAUAAAACAUCAAUUUUAAAAUUAAAAAAGUUAGUGAUGCUUUUCUUAUUGUGCCAAAAAAAUGAACAAAAUAAAAUAGUAAAACGAAAAUAUUGGGUUCAUCCAAUUUUUUCCAACAAAAUGCGGAAACAAUAUGGAGCAAGUAACACUCUUAUAAAAGAGUUGCAUUUUCAUAAUGACGACAAAUUCAUUAAUUAUUUUCGCAUGAAUAUGGACACAUAUAAAAAAUUAUUAAAUAUUAUUGGACCACAUAUAACAAAACAAAAAUGUAUUCGAGAUCCAAUACAACCAAAUACGCGUCUAGAAAUAUGUCUCCGUUAUUUAGCCUCAGGAGACAGUAUGAAAUCUCUUUCCUAUAUGUUUCGUAUAGGGACUAGUACGAUUUCAAAAAUUAUAUUUGAAACUUGUGAUGUAAUUUGGAACGUAUUACAAGAUAAAGUUUUUCCACAAUUUAAUAAAGACUUGUGGGAACAUAUAGCAAGUAAAUUUGAAGAAAAAUGGAAUUUCCCACAUUGCAUAGGAGCUAUGGAUGGAAAACAUGUUAUGUUACAAGCUCCUCCUAACAGUGGGUCAAUUUAUUAUAAUUACAAGGGUCAGCAUAGUUUGAAUUUAUUUGCACUAUGUGAUGCAGAAUAUCGUUUUAUCGUGCUGGACAUUGGAGCAGAAGGACGACAAAGUGAUGGUGGGGUAUUCAGAAAGAGCAAAUUAUAUUCUGCAUUAGAAGAAAAUUUGUUGCAAAUUCCACCACCAAAAAUUGUUAAUGUCAGAGGCCCUGUAUUACCAUAUGUAAUUGUCGCAGAUGAAGCCUUUGGCUUGAAAAAUUAUUUAAUGCGACCAUAUUCCCGAAGCCAAAAUCUUGAUCGAAAAAAGAAAAUUUUCAACUACAGAUUAAGUAGAGCAAGACGUACUGUAGAAAGUUCCUUUGGAAUAUUAACUGCAAAAUGGCGAAUCUACAGGAAACCAAUUAUAGCAUCUAUUACUUUAAGUAGAAAAAUUGUGCAAGCAACCUGCUGUUUGCACAAUUUUAUAAUUAAUCAUGAAAAUAGUUAUAAAUAUUAUUCUACUUUAACACCAGUUGAUGCAAAUGUUGCAAAUGAAGCUCUUCAAGACAAUAUAAAUGAAAUAAAUUCUUACUCUAAAAAUGCGGCUAUGAUAAGAGAUAAAUUUGCUGAUUAUUUUGUAAAAGCUGGAGCAGUUACAUGGCAAUGGGAAAAAGCGUUUCGUAAUGAAUUCUGAAUUUUUUAUUUUAAAUAAGUAU